AACACACGCUCUGAGCUGCUCUUCCUGUCAUACAGCUCUUUCUGUCUCUCUUGUUGCUUCUUCUAGUCGCUGUGCUUUCUCGGGCUGACUGUGUGCAUAAGUGCAUGUAAGCGUGUAAGUGAGUGUCCUUAUGGCAUGUGAUGGCUCCUACACUGUGGUUAUUGUUCCUUUGCAGAACAGUCUGUACAGCCUGGACGCGCUGCGAUUCUUCCACUGGCUAAAGCAACUGAAGGCUCUGGAGCGAGAGAAGGACAGUCUGUGGAUGGGCCUGCAGGUUCUGGAACAGACCCGACUCUGGUAUCAGCACCAACUGGAGAACAUCUCAGAGAGGCAUGCCAGGCCUGGAACAAGAGAUCAGGAGGAGGAGGAGGGCUGGUCAUGUGCUCUUCGUUGUCGGGUGCAGCGUGUGAAUGGCAGUCUGGGCAGUUUGCUGAGUGAUACGUGUGGGUGGAGCAGUUUGGCUCCUGAUGAAAGAGGUGGCUCGGACUGGGGGCUCCGCUGGAACAACGCCACGCUCACACAGGAGGUGAGUGAGAGGAAUCAGCAGAUUUCACUGUUGGAGCUUCAGAAAGAGAGCCUUAUUGAACAGCACUAUGGCAUGCACUAUGUGUGACUAAACCUUCCCAACACACAACACACACACACACACACACACACACUCACACACACACACACACACACACACACACACACACACACACUCACACACACACACACACACACACACACACACACACACACACACACACACACACACACACAUUUAGCUAUGACCUUUACUAAGUUGUAUUCAGUUAGGUUGAACCUGAAUGUGCACAUGUACACAUCCAGGUAUUUGGUGUCUUAUGGCCAAAAAUCUGCAAACAGUCAUACGUUAACUAUUGUAAAUAUUUUUUUAAAAGCUGUACAUAAGAAGCAUUCCAUAUACAAUAAUAUAAUUUUAUUUUCUUGUUUGGUUCCAUAGUAUCACUUUAGCACUAAUGUGAGACUUUAAGGAAAAUGUCCUUGGCUUACUGCAUAAAUCACUGAUACUACUGAAGUUGUGACAAUAGAAAAGUACACAGAAAGAGCACAUGCAACUCCAAAACAACAGCACACACUUCUCCCAGAACAUCUGGCCUGAAAGUGUUUGGUUCACCACUAGAGGGCAGUACAGGACAACAUGAAGAAGCCAACAGUUAUCCAGUUAUAUUUUUUGCUGUCAAAUAUAUCCACUAGCACUGCUGCAGAACAGAAAAGCAAGCCAACUGUAUAAUUGUCAUUUUUUAGCAUUUACAGUGGACCUGCCAUUAACAGCCAUACGCUAUAUAAUCUGUGUAAAAAUGAUGUCGAUUUUGCAUUUAACACAAGCCGGUUUCAAAAGCACAAAGAUUUUCCCAUUUAAAAGGUGCACUUUUUGUUAGAAAUGGACAUUUGCUUACUUGAGUUUCCAUACAGAAAAGAAUUAUAUACAAAGUGUAUUUAUCAAAUGCAUUAUUGCAGUGUAUUUUAGUUUUCUGUACUUUGUUUGAUGUACAACACUGUUCAAAAGCUUACAAUGGUGGUCCAAAGUCUGGAUUCAGUGCUUUUGAUAAUAUUAUACAAAUAACUUCACAAUUUUCUAAUUAUCUGUAGGAUUCCAGGAAGCUAUAAAAACAAAUCAGAAAUGCUAGAACCACAGCAGGUUCUAAAAUGACUGAGACCAAGUUAUUAUACAAUUUAUAUCUACAGUUCAUCAUAUUUCAAAUGUGGAGAUCAAAUUGCAAUAGACCAUAACAGAUUGGAUUAUUUUAUUACUUUUUUGUUCACAGAAUUCUUGAAAUAUUGAAGAAACCAUAAAUACAUUUGGGUGUAUAAAAUAUCAUUUAAAUCCAUGUAUAAGUUAUUAUUGUAUAUGAAAUAACAAAACAGGUUAAUAUAGCAAGUUGUUCCAAAUAUUGAACAAUAUUGUAUUUCUGUUACAUUAACAAGAUGCAUUUCAAAUAAACACCAAAUGUACCCAGUCA